AUGCUUCUCCUCCCAGCCGCUGCUCUGUGCUGCCUGUGUCCAGCGCUGGUUGCCAUGGCAGCAGAGAUGACUCAGGACCAGUUGUCUUUGACCAGGAGAGUUGAUGAACAGGCCUCGUUCAGCUGUGGAACUGAUCAGUGUGGCUGGAUAAUCUGGUUUCAGAAGAAAGACACAGGAACGUUCAGAACGAUUCUUGAUAUUUAUGUUAGUGGUGGUAACAUUUAUAAGAAUUACAAUCAUCCUCAGAAAGACGACUUCACAUCUCAGAGACAACAGAACAGCUGGGAGUUGAAGAUAGAGAAAGUUAAACGCUCUCAUGCAGCCACGUACUACUGCGCCUGUUGGGGGUCUGGAACCCACAUCUCUUUCACUGUGGAUGUCCUCAUCUUCGGCUCAGGAACCAAACUGUUCGUAGAUGAUCGGCCGCUGGUGACCCCGGUGGUGAGCGUGUACUCGGCAGCUUCCAUCGCCGCCCUGGACGGGAAGAGCACCCUGCUGUGUGUGGCCUCCAACAUGGUUCCUCCUCUGGUCCAGUUCUCCUGGACAAGACAGAGGGAGGGUGGUCCUCUGGAGACGCUGUCCUCUGCUGAUGGAGAGCAGCUGGAGCUCAGAGGGACAGGAUGCACCGCCGCCAUCAUGGUGGUCGACCAGAACGCUCCGUACAAAUACCGCUGCCACGUCCGGCAUGAGGGAGCACCGACGACUCAAAUACCGACGACUCAAAUACCGACGACUCAAAUACCGACGACUCAAAUACCAACGACUCAAAUACCAACGACUCAAAUACCAACGACUAAAGCACAGACGUGUCCGGCGGCCUGGGCCUGGUCUCAGCGGCAGGUGAAGCUGCUGUGUCUGCUCUACACGCUGCUGAUGGUGAAGAGUCUGGUUUACUGCGGUGGACUCGCUCUGAUCCACAUCCUGAGGAACAGGGAGCGUCCAGCCGCUGCUCACCAGACGACCGAGUUUCCUGCAGCAGCUUCAACUUCUCACUGA